AUGACAGAUGUUCCAGUGACAUUUAGUCAGGUUGAGUGUAAUGGGGAUACAGGACCUGAAAAAGAUCAACAACCAAUCACUAAAAUCAAUGAGGAAGCCAGUGAUGUGGAUGGCCCUCCACCAUACCAUAGGGUAGAACCUAGUCUUGAAGAUUUGCCCACAGAAGGAAAUCAGGAGAAAAGUGAAAAAUCACAAGAGAACAUGCUGCUCAACCGGUCCAUGGAUGAGAAGAUUCUAAAAGAAAAACCAGAAGAGAAUCUCUUCAUUGUUCAUAAAGCUAUCACAGAUCUUUCUCUUCAAGAAACAGGUGUUGAUGAAGUGACAUUCAGAGAAGGGCAUCAGUGGGAGAAAACUACUCUGAGCAGCAGUAACCAGGAAAUAAGCAGACCAAAAGAAAGCAUUGCUGAACAUCCUCUAGAAGAGAGAGAAGAUGAGGAUAGGAAGAACAAAACUCACCAGGCAACUGAAAUUGAAUGGCUGGGAUGUCAGAAACCUAGCCAAGUUGAUGUGUUGCAUUCUAAACAUGAUGAGCAGCCAGAGGUUUGGGAUGAAGAAAUUAACAAUGAUGAUGAUGAUGAUUGCAAUGAUGACGAAGACGAAAUUAGAGUGAUAGAAUUCAAGAAAAAAAAUGAAGAGGGUUCUCAAGCAAAAGAUGAAGGCAAUGCAAGUGAGGACUCCCCACUGAGCAGCCCCAGUUCCCAACCUGUGACACCUGAUGAGCAGCCACCCUUCGGGAAGAAGAAUGAUAUCUCCAGAAGUGCUUAUUCAAGAUACAAUACAAUAUCCUAUCGGAAAAUCAGGAAGGGGAAUACCAAGCAAAGAAUUGAUGAAUUCGAGUCUAUGAUGCAUUUAUGA